AUGGCCAGCCCUACUCUUGCCAAAUUGGCCGUCCCAGCAGUUGCCCUGCUGAUUGCUUUCUUGUCUUACACUUCUCAGUAUCUGUUUUAUGCCAUCGAGCCAGGCCCAUUAGACUGUCGACAGACAAAGAUAUUCAAUACCCUCGUCAUCUGUCUCUGGAUUUCUUAUGCUCGCGCUUGUACGACCAGUCCUGGGUCAGUUCCGAAAGACUGGUCUCCUGACGGCAAGACCGAAGAGAGCACUGCAUCGGAUGGGAAGAUCCAGACAAGGCAGCGGUAUUGCCGCAAGUGUGAUGCCUUGAAGCCUCCGAGAUCUCACCACUGCAAAGUCUGCAAGAGGUACGUCGACCGAACAGGACGUCAUGAAUGGCAGAGGCUGACCUUAUCGGCAAAGGUGCAUUCCCAAGAUGGACCACCACUGUCCUUGGACCUACAAUUGCUCCUGUGGGAGAACCGACACUUACCAAGUUAUCUGGGUCCAUCUGUGCCUCAGCUAAUUUUUCUCUUCCUCCUUAUGGUGACCAACUCUCUUACACUGUUUCUGGUUUCGGUCACCUUCCUUCGUACUGUCUGGGGUCUUGGAGGGAACAUUACAACCAUCGAGAGCUGGGAGAUUGAACGCCACGAACAACUUCUUCGCCGUGCUCGUGUUCUUGGUGGCUACCUCGAUGGCCCAGAUGGAAUUCGUGUCAAGAUUGUGCGGCAAGAAUUUCCGUACGAUAUCGGUAUAUGGAACAACAUUGCUCAGGGAAUGGGCUCCCAUAAUCCGCUCGCAUGGUUCUGGCCAUUUUCAUUCACUCCCAGGACGAAUGGUCUGUUGUUCGAGGACAAUGGUUUUGAGGAUCCGGGAGUCUCUUGGCCUCCUCCUGAUCCUGAUAGAAUGCCUCGGACGGACCGAACUUCGAUUGCACAUGAGGAUUCAUCCGCUAACCAAAACCAGGAUUUAACUCCAGAUGAAGAAAUCAUAGCAUUCAAGAAGCGACAACAAGCAGAUUUUGAAUCUCGUGCCGAUCACUAUGGCGUACAGAGACGGCGCCCCUUCCAUGAGCGCUUCGAAGAGAGUGUCUUGAACGCUGCUGAAAAUGAUUAUCAAGAACCUGGUGGCAGUGGUGAGGAGGGAUGGCAGGACACUGGUGGAAAUCGACUCAAAGACUUUGGAGUGGACGAAGAUGUCGAAUUCUAUGACGAGGACGACAUUCCGAUCGCUGAAUUGUUGAGACGACGGAAAGCCAAGCCGUGA